CUUAGGGACUAUCGCCCGGGGCUGACAAUCCCUGGCCUCGGAGCCCACGUGCCUUGUCCCUUCCCAAGGACGUGAUGGGGCGCCCGGGGAAUCUGAAAGUGUGGGUUUGCUGAGGUUCAAACGUCAGGAUUUUAAAGCACGUGUCUCAUUUUUUUUUUUUUACUUUUAGGUUAUAUAUAUAUAUAUAUUUAUAUAUAUUGCCAAAAUUGGGCGAGGGUACAAAAUAACCAUUUACCCCUUCUCACCGAAGAAGAACGGGAGAAAGGGUAUGGCGCAGUCACAAGGCUGGGUGAGAAGAUACUUAAAGGCCUUUUGUAAGGGCUUCUUUGUGGCUGUGCCCGUGGCAGUGACUUUCCUGGAUCGGGUUGCCUGUGUGGCAAGAGUGGAAGGGUCAUCAAUGCAGCCUUCUUUGAAUCCUGGGGGGAGCCAGUCAUCUGAUGUGGUGCUUUUAAACCACUGGAAAGUGAGGAAUUUUGAAGUACAACGAGGUGACAUUGUAUCAUUGGUGUCCCCUAAAAACCCAGAACAGAAGAUCAUUAAGAGAGUGAUUGCACUUGAAGGAGAUAUUGUAAAAACCAUUGGACACAAAAACCGGUAUGUCAAAGUCCCUCGUGGUCACAUUUGGGUAGAAGGUGAUCAUCAUGGACACAGUUUUGAUAGUAACUCCUUUGGACCGGCUAACUUAGUCCUUUGUGAUUUGCUGGCACAAUUCAAGAAAAGGUUUCCCUGGGACUUCUACAUGCUCAUGCUACACAUAUCCUGUGGCCUCCAGAGCGCUGGCAGAAAUUGGAAUCUGUACUUCCUCCAGAACGCUUGCCAGUUCAGAGUGAAGAGAAAUGACUACAUUUCCCUGAAUAGCACUGUGGGAAGAAAAAUAAAGAAGAGAAACCCUCAAAGGGCAAAAUUUCCAAAAAGAUGAUUCUACAUUAAAAAAAACAAAUAUCACAGUAGAAUGACCCGUAUUAUUGAUUUGAUUUAGUGUUAAAUUUUAAUAGCCCUAUUUUCAUGCCAAAAAUGUAAACUCUUAGAAAUAUGAAAAAUGUAUUCCCAUGUGUCUUAAAGGGACUGAAUUUGAGGUUGUGCUAAUCUUUUGAUUAUUGAGUUUUGAUUUGGGUGUUUGUUGAUGAAAGAAUUUGAAAAUUAACAGUUAACAUUCAACUAAAUUAGUCAUUUACUAUUCAGCUGAAGCAUGAGGAAAAUAUACACAGUGUUAGAAUUUAUAUUGAAAGUGAUAAUAUCUAAAAUGCAGUGAAUGCCAGAUAGGAGGAGACAGAAAGUAUGACAUAAAACUAAAAUACUGAUUUGCUCAGGCUCUGUUCUGUGUGGUUAGUUAUAUGUAGCUUGCAUUUCUAUUGAUAAGAAAUUCAACAUCUCUUUUGGGAGUGAUAGAAAAACUAAUCUAUUAAAAUCUCCAUUUAAUCAAGUAUUA